AUGCACGCCGGAAAGUGGAACUUCCAAAAGCGCGAGACCGCUGACGACGACGACGACUGGAGCGUCUUCUUCUACAACCCGUCCCUUCCCGCCGCAAUCCUCUUUGCAGGCCUCUACCUAAUCCCCUUGGUCUACCACCUCUACGUCUCCUACAUCGCGUACCGACGCGGUAGAUACUUCCGGUACAGCUACACCCUUCCGCUCUUAAUCGCCGCCGCCGUCGAGGUAAUCGGCUACGGCCAGCGGGCGGCAUCUACCCAGAACGUCCAGGACAUAGGCACAUUUGCGACCUCCCUGACUUUGAUUGUCCUUGCGCCUGUACUUGUUUGUGCUUCGCUUUAUAUUCUGCUUAGCAGGAUCAUCCGUUCAACCUCGACUGAAGCAAGCGGUCAGUGCCACGACAACCAAGAAAAAGGAGACACAAGAGUCCUCGGCGGAUACCUGAAAGCAGCCUGGCUCCCGAAGAUCUUCAUCACGCUGGACGUCGGGGCUAUGCUCACUCAGGGUGGCGGGAGCGCCGUCGCGUCGGCAGGGGAAUGGGAGGAGGAUUCACUGGGGAAGGCCGGUAAGGGGAUCUUGAUCGCCGGAUUGGCACUACAGCUUGCGACCUUUUCUGUGUUCCUGGUUGUGGUGGUAAAGUUUCAUCGCGAUGCUUUGAAGGGUGGUGUUUUGGCGCAGGAGGAGGGCAUGAAAAGGGUUCUGUCGGGGGUUUAUAUUGCAGGGUUCUUCAUUAUGGUCCGAUCCAUCUUCCGAGUGAUUGAAUUUGCGUGGGGUAUGGAUUCGUAUCUCAUGACGCACGAGUGGCCGGUGUAUGUCCUUGAGGCAGUGCCCAUGUUCAUUGCCUUUAUGGUUCUUGGAUGGUAUCACCCAUCCAGAUGGCUGCCUUCGUCCGCUGCAGGGGAAUCCAAAGGGAGACAGUGGCUCAAGCGGCACCGGCGGAGGAACCUCCCGCAGCAGGGUGAGAGUGUCUCGAGUGUAUGA